AUGGUUAGUACACAUUGUGUUAUUCAUCGGCAAGCUUUGGCUUUCGAAACAUUGCCACAGAAAUUACGCCAGACUUUGGACUCGGCUAUAAGGAUUGUAAACUAUAUCAAGGGCAGCGCUUUGAACAGUCCGUUAUUUACUUUACUUUGCGAGGAUCUCGAUACUGAUCACAAAGUUCUUCUGUUCCAUACAGAAGUACGCUGGUUGUCCAAAGGCAACACGUUGGCUCGGCUUUAUGAAUUAAAAGAAGAGGUACCUACAGGUGUUUUUGACAUGGCUUCUACUUCAUCUGGCAAAAAGCGCACUUAUAAAGAAGCAUUUCUACAAUGGGGUUUCACAAGCAUCGUAGACAAAAAUAUAGAAAAGCCUCAGUGUGUUUUAUGUAAUAAAGUGCUUAAUCCAGAAAGCAUGAAACCGAGCAAAUUAAAAGAACAUUUUGCUAAAGUUCACAAGGAGUUCGCAGAUAAAAAUAUAGAUUUUUUUAAGAAAAAGGAGAGGAUUCUGAAGUCUUCCCGCAUGGAUUCAACAGGCAAUAUACAGAAAGCAAACGAAUCAUGCCUUCAAGCUUCAUACAAAAUUGCUUAUCGCAUCGCACGUAAUAAAAAACCACACACUAUAGGAGAGGACCUCAUCAAACCUUGCUUGUUAGAUGCAGUAGCACUUGUUAUUGGUGAGCAACAUGUAGCUAAGAUUAAACAAAUCUCACUCUCAAACACUACUAUUCAAAGACGCAUAUGUGAAAUGAGUGCCGAUAUUCUAGCACCCGUUAUUUCUGAAAUAAAGGAAAGUCAUAUGUUUGCGCUGCAGUUGGACGAGUCCACAGAUGUUGCUUCGUGUUCACAAUUAUUGGUGUUUACACGAUACAUUAAAGAUGAUGAUGUAAAGGAGGAAUAUUUGUUCUGCAAGUCUUUGCCCACUACUACUCGCGGCGAAGACGUAUUUCAAACGCUAAAAGAGUUUAUUGAGGAAAAUGGCCUAGACUGGUUAAAGCUGAUUGGUACUUGUACAGACGGGGCGCCUUCCAUGAUGGGCAUCCGUUCUGGUUUUCAGGCACUCGUGAAGCAAGUUGCUCCUCAAGUUUUAAGGCUAUCGUUGCUUGAUACACCGUUACGCUUUGGCUGUGAAAAUGCUUCCAUCAGAUUUGCUAAACACGUUGAGUGA